ACCCAAUAGGACGCUGGAAUAUCUCAGAACGGGAACGCUCGAUCAGAACGCUGGAGGGAGUGACGUCAGUGCAGGAGGAGUCAUGCUGCAGACCCAGGCUUCUUCAAUGACAGACACUGCUAAUCAGAGAGCACUUUAACCCAGGGACUGACUCACUAUGGCUGCUGCAGCAGAGGCUCACAGAGUGCUGGUGUAUGGAGGAAGAGGGGCUCUAGGUUCCAAGUGUGUGGAAUACUUUAAAUCCAAGAACUGGGUAAGUCAACUAACAGUGAUUUGUAUGUUAAAAUAAUCUUUUGCAGCACUUGUUUUUUUUUUUCUUGACACUAUUAUAUAUUCAAUUUCCCUGUACGGUUCUAAGUGGAUGUUGAGAGUUGUAGUCUUUUCUGGAAGCCAUCUAAACAUUUAGGGUAAAACUGUGUUGUUGUUUUUUAUGACCAGUGAUGGCCCACCUGUUGCAUUACUGCUGCUGUGGACUACAAGUCCCAGGAAUCCCAGACAGCUAUUUUGCUGGCUGAGGAUCACAUGACAUUAACUCCACAACAGCUGGAGCUUAUAAGUUGUGUUUUCACAGUUUGCAUGUAUCUGAUUGAUUGUAUUCACUAACAGUCAAACAUUUUUCUAUUUUUCCUCUUCUUAGUGGGUGGCAUCUAUAGAUGUAACAGAGAAUGCUACUGCUAGUGCUAAUAUUGUGGUGAAGCUGUCAGAUUCAUUUACUGAACAAUCUGAUCAGGUAAGUGUGUAAUUUUAUAUGUAGCUUCUCUUAAUCAUUGUAUUGACCUGUAUAUUUGCAAGACCAGUUGUUGAGAUCUGUAGAAACUUGACCAGUUUGUGACAAGGAAUUAGGAAAAUCAGACCCAGAAGGAAAUAGAUGGGCAAAGGAAACAUCCCUUGAGUUGGUAGGGUCAUAACUUGCAUGAACAUCAUGUGAGUUGUAGUUUCACAUCACUAGUCUGUCAUUGGUUAUCAAAACAAGGCUUCUAGUGUUCCAGGUUUAACAUUAUUAUAUGUGGUAAAACUGGGAAAUCUCUGAACCUUGAACCUUAAAGAGUGUGUAGACUAAGUAAGGAGAGAUUGAUGGAAGAUUUAGAACAGUGACUUGAUUAAAGAGGUGCUGAAACAUUCUAAAAGUGGAGCAAUUGUCAAUGUAAAAAAAUUGCAAAUUCUAUUAGUUUCCAUAGUAAUGGUAAAGUAUAAGCGGGGAAAUAAUUCACUGAUUCAAUGGUGUGGUGUUCUUUUUUUUUUUUUUUUUUAAGUUGAGAAUGCAGCAACUGACACUUCCAGGUUUGCCGGGAAUUCAAAAUAAAUUGCAAAUUUAACACCAAAAAAGCUGGAUUGGGAAAAAUGCUUCCCGUUUGGUUAUUUUGGUCUAAAAAUGUAAAUUUCCUUUGAAUUCCUGACCAUUCUCCUUUUUAUUGAGUAACUCUAUAUAUGUAAAUAGGAGAGCUCGAUUAAUGCAAGGGAUAUUUAAUGAUUUUAAGAUGAAAUGUGUGAUAAAGAAUUGUCGAUAAGCAAAUGAAUAGGGACAAGAAAAUUGCUUCUGCUGUGACCCAAAACCUCCCAUGUUGCUCCAUGCAGAUAGCCUCACCAGGCACAGUAAGAGUCAAAGUGCAGAGCAGAUUGCUUUAAUUCUGGUCAAAUCUAGCCAAUUUCAUAUUUAUUUAGUAAAUGGUGAAUUGACAUGGGGUUUGCAAAUUUUAGACCAAAAAAAUUUGAAAUUUCUCGAUCUCCACCAUAUUUCUAUGGUUUUGACUUUUAUCCACUGAUUAUUUUUUUUUUAUUAUUUAUUUAUUUUUUUCUAAACAGACAUUUUCUGGAGACAUAAUGUUGUGUCUUUAGAAAUGUGCAACCUCUCAUGUUAGUUUUAUGUCUGAAUGUUAUAUUUUUAUUUUUUCUUAACUUGUUUCUUAGGUCACAUCUGCUGUUGAACAGCUCCUGGAUGGCCAGCAAGUGGAUGCCAUUUUGUGUGUGGCUGGAGGCUGGGCAGGUGGCUCGGCAAAGGCGAAGUGUAAGUUCUAUUUAUUCUGUAGUUAAAGGACCACUGUAGGCACCCAGACCACUUCAGCUUAAUGAAGUGGUCUGGGUGCCAGGUCCAGCUAGGGUUAACCCAUUUUUUUUUAUAAACAUAGCAGUUUCAGAGAAACUGCUAUGUUUAUAAAUGGGUUAAUCCAGCCCUUAAAUCCUCUAGUGGCUGUCUCAUUGACAGCCGCUAGAGGCGCUUGCGUGAUUCUCACUGUGAAAAUCACAGUGAGAACACGCAAGCGUCCAUAGGAAAGCAUUGUAAAUACUUUCCUAUGAGACCGGCUGAAUGCGCGCGCAGCUCUUGCCGCGUGUGCGCAUUCAGCCGAAAGGGAGGAGAGGAGGAGGAUCGGAGACUGAGAACUCCCCGCCCGGCACUGGAGAAAGGUAAGUUUUUUUUUAAUUUUAUUUUUUUAUUUUUUUUAAAAUCCCCUUUCCUCUCUCCAGUGCCCGGCGGGAGGGGGACCCUGAGGGUGGGGGCACCCUCAGGGCACUAGAGUGCCAGGAAAACGAGUGUUUUCCUGGCACUAUAGUGGUCCUUUAAUCUGCUCUAAACACUGCUACAGUAUCUGUUUAGUAAUAAAGUCUGCUAGUUGGGAAUAUAGUCCAAAAUAAAUGUGAGGAUUGGUUGCCAAAGCACCUUCAUCAUUUAAAACCAUAAUUGUAAUUUGUACAACUUUUUAUCAGGAAAAGAGUAGUUUGCGAGCAUAUUUUCCUCAUCUGUAAAUUGCACUUGGGGGGGGGGAAGUGGGAUACAAUCACCACCCAUUACAUUGGGUAAUAUAGUUCAAGGAGCAAUUCACAGUGAGUCAGCAGGUUUAUUUGCCAAUGUGUGUGUCUGGCAUUAAUUCUUGCUGGGGUUGAACUCCACAUGCAAACUGCUCUUGUAAGUUUUCAUGUCCUUCUUUCGUGUGUGUGUGUGUGUGUGUGUGUGUUUUUUGUUUUUUUUUGUUUCUGAAGAUUAAUGGUUUUUAUUUGUCCCUCCAAGGCUGUGACAUCUAGAGCUGACCUACACAUUCAAAGGGUGUCUUACGUAGGGCUUUACUUACUAUAGUGGAGUAAUACCAAAUUAGGGCAAUAUAUUAUUUUCAUUUUAUAUGUAUGUGUAUAUGUAAAAAAAAACGAUACAAUUCGUAUCUUGUAAUACACUUUUUUUUUAUUUAUUUUUUUUUUUUUAUUGGACUAACAGAAUUUUUUAAUGACAAGCUUUCGGGAGGGCCUGCCUCGCUCAAGUCUGAAGCAUUUCUGAGCAAGACAACACAUAGAAUUCAAAGUGGAGUUGUGAUACAGGGGUUAAAGUGACAUGAGUGUAGAUAAGACACAGGUUUGAUAAAACAGACACCCUUCUUGCAGAGGGUCAUAAAUAUCUUUCUGAAGAUCAGAGUGAGGGGGAGAGAGGAAAAAAACACAAGCAGACAGUGCAGAAGAUGGUAGAAUAAAUUGGAAUGCAUUUAAAAAUGUUGAUCCAAAUGACAGAACAGUAAGAUAAUGUGGGGGAGUGUUCAUGUAACGUGUUGGUAGUGGGACAGGAAACCCAAAUCAAUAUUUAGUCCUCUAUUCUUGCUGUUAAACAAUUUGAUUAUUCUGGCUUCAAAAGUUUGUUUUAUUAUUUUUUUUUAUUUAUUUUUUUGAGUAUUUCUAAAACCCCCUUUCAGUACUUUGAUUUUUAUGUCCUUCACCGAGUGGCCAGGCUGGGUAAAGUGGUGUCCCACAGGAGUGCAGUACAAUCCUUCUUUGUGGUGUUUAAUAGAGUGUGUGUCUGUGCAUCUUCAUUCUGCCAUUUAAUGACUGGGUGGUUUUCCCCAAUGUAGCAUUAUCUAUCUCUAACAGCCUAAAUUUUGCACUUUAUUCCUUUUUUAUAUAUUUGUGUAAAUCAUUAUCAUAACCCUUUCUAUACUUUGUUUUAUAUUGUUUUGUGUUUCCCAGCUUAUACAUGCAAAAAGAAACCGGGGGGGGGAGGAGAGAGAGAGAGAGAUAUAUUUAUAAAAAAAAAAAAAAAAAAAUCUCUGAACGGAGAGGCAAAAUAUAUCACUAUAUGUUUUUGAUGAGCUGUGGUUUCAGUGGUUAAUAAUUACACUGCAAGAUAAUGGUUGACCAUAUAUUGAUUUGCUCUGAAGAGCAUAAUUUUUUAUUUUUUUUUCUAGUAAUCUGUGUUUUUAUUUAAAAAAAAAAAAAUAUUCACUUGUGUCCUUGUCAGUCUGGUCUAAUCAUACAUCCUGCACAUCAAAUAACCCAUCAGGAUAAGGAGGUCAUUAAUAAAUCCUCUAAAAAUGUAAAGCGAAACUUCAGUCUGGAAAUGACCACUCACUUUCAAUGGAUAACAUAAAAUGAGAAACAAAAAAAAAAAUCUUUUUCUUCUCCAGAUUAACGGCCAUUAGUGUUUGCUUUAACAUUUUAUUUACAAAUGGUUGUAAGAGGCACAUUCUAUCCAUUAGGCCCCCUGGUCACAUGUUAUUGGUGAACUGUUUGACCCUGACAUGUGGCUUCCCUUGCUCUUGCUACUGACCUUCCAGUUUGACUUUUAUGCCAGCAACCUCUUGUGUAAUAGCCAAAGGCUCCAGGCUAGACUGUUAAUAGUUUUAGGCAAGCAACUGGAGGCUAUGGAUUACUCAACCAACACAUUUUUGAUUUGGUUAUAAAUUAUUUUUAUUUUUUUAAUGAAUAGGAUGCUAACAAUCUGAAAGGUGUGUAGCAUAUGUCUUCCACCUCCUGGACAUGUUUCUCAUAUAUAUAUAUAUAUUUUAUUUUGAGGUUACCUCCAGCUGUUGCGCAUAUUUAUUUAUUUGUCAUGUAGAUUGUAGGCAUUUUUUUUCUCUCUGCCACUUAAUCUUCUAAUAUCUAAUAAUUAGGAUUAUUAUUUAAAUCUUAUUUUAUUUUUCUUAUCUUUUCACACCAACACCUAUUGUACAUAAUGUAGGUUAUAAACCAUUUAAUGUUAAUACAUGCACUCAAAGUACCAGUAACACAGAUUGCAGUUACAUUAUCAGUUAGCUGAUAUAGCAUUGUUGUAAUUGUUAUGCCUGUUGGGGAUUAGGAGCUGAGGAAUAUCCCAUGUAAGUGAACCAACAUUCCCACAUUUCAGCAAAGCGUUUGUUUGGGGCUUGUUGGACACCGUAUAGUAAGUGCUUUGUGUUAAUACUGUUUAAUAAGGACCGCUUUUUGUACUGACCUAUCCAGGAGGAAAGCAAGCAUUUUCAGAUCAAUAACUUUGAUGUGGCUGACUGUGUAUCUCUUUAAAAAAAAAAAAAAAAAAAAAUAUAUAUUUUUUUUUUUUCUCCGUAGCCUUCUAUAAAAGCAGUGAUCAGAUGUGGAAGCAGAGUGUUUGGACGUCAACCAUCUCAAGUCAUCUUGCAGCAAAGCACUUAAAGGACGGGGGUCUGCUUACACUAUCUGGGGCAAACGCAGCUUUGUCCGCAACCCCAGGUGAGUUUGGAGAAAUUUUGUAUUCUUCAGUGUUAAUUUGACAAUGGAGAUGUAUUUUGUGGGCUUGUAUUCUUCCAGUGUGUAAUGUAUUCUGUUCACUGUACUAUAUUAGGUACCACACUUUUGCAAAAAAAAUAUUUUUUUUGGCUAUAUUUUGUACUUUAAUUUAAAUUCACUAAUUCAGUGUUUUCCAGGCAAUCAAUAAAAGGCUGACAAUUCUUAAGAGAUGUGGGUGUUACUAAAUCAGGACUGUAAUACUGUCAGGAUUACAGUAUGAUCCAGCACGUAGAAUUGUGUAACAUAGGAGACUAAUAGGUAACGUAUACCAGACCUUAGAAUGGCCGGACUAAUGUACCAAAGAAUAGUCAGGAAUAGCCGAGGUCAAGGGACACAGAAAGAUACGAUAAAGAAAAAGCCAGGGGUCAGGAAUGCCAGAAAACAGGGAAGUCAAAAUACCAGAAUAACCAGAAUCAAUAACGCGCUCUCAGACAACCACAAGGGAAACCAUGACAGAGCACUGAGCAAGAGGAGAACUGUAUCUGACUGGAUCUGAUUGGUUGUAACCAGCAUUUGACCCCAAAGGCAGUUACCAGGUUCCUAUUUGCAUGAUUGCUGCUCAGCACAACUUUUCCUGUCAAAACAGUAAAUGUCGUUAAUCACAUUUUUAUAUGCGGGUGAAUACGUGACCAAUACAUAAGAUGGAAAGGGCAGCAUGCACCCAUCUCAUGUGAGGAAAUGAGGUGUAUGUAUUUUUCUCGCAGAUUCUGAUCUAGAAUUAAAGUAAAUUAAUAGGGCAGAAUAUUUUCAUUGUGAAAAAUUAUACUUUUUCAGGAAAAUUUACACUGUUUGUUUGAGGUUUGUCAUGUAAAAGCAUUUUUUUCUUUUUUUUUUUUUUUUUCAGCUUCAUAAUCUUUCAGAUGAUAUUGUUACAAAAGUAAACUAACUUUAGCCCCCUUGUAUACUUGGUACCUCUAAUUGUUACAUUUGCUUACCCUAUGAUCUUAACCAGGACAGUAAAGUCUGGAACAAUUUAGAGUUUUUCUUUGUUUUUGUUUUUUUCUCAUUAAAAAAAUCUAUUCACAUUUUGGUGGCUUUUAACUUGAUACAAAAAUAACAGCUAUAAUGCAUAAAAGUGAAGAAAAUGAAAUGAUUUACGUAUGCUUGUAUGGGCUGCUGUUUGAACUUUCUUUUACAACUUCAAAUGGAAUCUGUUGAAUUUGUCCUGUGACCUUUUUGUUCUUCACAUGUGUGUUUCAUUACACAUAGCAGACAGUGUGUAUUGCAAAAGAAGCAUUUUUCAAUACUUGUCCAUGAUUUAUUUCAGAUAACUGCCUAAAUACACAUUUUAAUUAAACAAGAAUUACUUGUGGUAAUUUUUCUUUUUAAUUAUUUUAUUUAUUUUUUUUUCUCCGUUGCCAUAAUUAUAUUAGGGAUUUUUUUUUUAUCUUGAUCUUCAUUUUUAACAAAACUUAUAAAUUUAAUUUUCCCUUCAUAUCUCUGUUUUUGUGAAUAUUAAAAAACAAAAAAACCUCACCACUUUAUUGGAACAUGAACAGUGACAGGUCUCUAAGAAUGGAUUGACACAAACCAAGGGUCACUAAAGUGAUUGCAGCCUGGCUUGUCUCUCAUUGUAUUGCUUCUAUGUAAGUUUAUUUAUUUUUUAUUUUUAUUUCCCCAUUAGCAAUGUCUAUUUCAUCCAGGUUUGGACAGUAUUUAUUGGUUGAAAAUGCUAGCUGAUCAGCAGCCAAUUGAUGCUGUCAAAAUUGACACUGCUAAUGUCGAAGAUAUCCUCAGCAGUACGGUCCGUGUUUUUUUAUUUUUUUUUUUUUUUUUAUUUAUUUAUUUAUUUUUUUCACUGUCCAAGGCCCAGCCAUUUAUCACACCUUUUAGAGACCUGUAGCAAAGUUUCAUCUCAGUGGAGUCCUGUGAGCAUGGAACUGCAGCUCCAUCAGCCCUUCCUUGUUAAACCAACCCUUAUAGUGACCGCUUUAAAUGCUAAGUAAUGUGUAUUUUGUUGUGCAUGUUUAGAAAUCCAAAAUGGUUUGUGUCUCUUGUUUAAAUAAAGUGUGUGUGUGUGAAUUUAAAGGAUGGCUCUCUGACUGUUGUCUUAUAAAAUUUUAGUGUGAAAUCUAUCUAUCAUCAUUUUAACAAUUUUUUUUUUUUUUUUUUAUUAUUAUUCUUUUUUUUUUUUUUUUUAGGCAUGGCAGCUUAUGGCAUGGCAAAAGCAGCUGUACAUCAGCUUUGUCAGAGUCUUGGUGGUGAGAAGAGUGGAUUGCCUACAAAUUCUGCUGCUGUUGCUAUCCUGCCGUGAGUAGUUUACUUGUCAAAUAAGGUUCUGGACUUUUUAGACUUUUGUGUUAGAGAACCUUUAACCCACAUUUUUUUUAUAUCUGAUAAAGCAGCACUCUUUUAAGCAUCAUAAUUACUAUAGUGCACUUCCUACAGUUCCAGUCACUGCCUCCACUACAACCUUCAGAGAGGCAGUAGCUAGACUUCUUUAACACUAAGCCUGGCAUCAGCUGAUCAGUUUAGCCAGUGUGCUAGUCCUGCGUGAGCUGGCUGCAGGGAGCAGUGUCUGGCACAGCUCGGGUAAGAAAUUAAACUGCUUAAAAGUGGUUUCACUUUGUACAGUGGACUGUACGGGGUACUCCUGGCAACAUAACCACUAAAGUGUGUUGUAGUGGUUAGAGUGUGUGACGUGUUCAUUUAAUGAUUUUAUAUAAAUAAUUCAUUAAAACGAGAAGUCUAAUUUUUAAAGUUCCUGUCGUGCUACAGAUCCCCAAGCAAGCAAAAUCAGUGAGCUCUAAUCAGACUAUCCAGUCGCUCUAUCGGUCAAAGCCUCUUAUGCGCCUCUUAUGCUGAUCUAUGGGGUCUGAUAUUGUCACUGGGGUUAAUGAGAAAUGCUUACUAGCCCGUGACAGUUGUAUUAAAGGGUUUUUCUACUUUAACCACUACAUGACAAAGGAAAACCAGGUUGUGCCUGACAUAACAUACAAUCAUUGUUUAAAAGAAAGCACAUGUUCUUUGAAUUCUAUGGUUUACAUAUUGGGGAUAUAAUAAUCUCUUCUAAAGGUAUUAACAUUAGGUAAAUAAAACACAUGACAGAUUACACUAACUGUUUUAUGAUUUAUUUAACAAAAAUAAAGUCAAAAUGGAGAAGCCAUGUGUGGAAAAACGAAGUACACCCGUGAUGCUUCCAUAGGAAUUAGGAGGCCAAGUAGCAGAUUGGUGCUGCUAACCAAAUUCCCUUGAUUAAUUUAUCAUCAGCAAGUGUGACCACCUCUAUAAAAGCUGAAGUUUUAGUAGUUACGUGGAAAAAGAAUGAACAUGUAUGGUUUGUUUGGAAGGUUUUCCAGAAGAAAGCCUCUUCUCUCUAAAAGAAUGUGGCAGCACGGCUUAGAUUUGCAAAGUUGCAUCUGAACAAACCACAAGACUUCUGGAAAAAUGUCAUUUGGACAGGUAAGACCAAAGUGGAGAUGUUUGGACAUAAUACAUAGCAUCCCAUUUGGUGAAAACCAAACACCUCUGAUUUUUCAAGCAUGGUGGGGGGGGGGGAUUUAUUUGUUUUGCAGCCACAGAACCUGUAUACCAACGUAUUCUAGGGUCAAAUGUGAGGCCAUCUGUACGACUGCUGAAGCUUGGCCAAAAUUGGGUCAAGUAACAAGAAAAUGAUCCCAAGUACACAAGCAAGUUUACAAGAAAAGGGCUGAAAAGAAUCAAGUUGUUGCAACGGCCCAGUCAAAGUUCUGACCGCAACCCGAUUUGAAAUGCUGUGUCGGGACAUAAGCAAAUGCCAACAAACCAUAACAAACUGAAGCUACGUUGCAACGAAAAAUGGGCCAAAAUUCCUCUACAACAAAAUGAGACAAAUAACCGAUAUUAGUGCUUAGCCAAACUGCACUCACACACCGGUUAGCUCCAUCAACCAUGAUAUAUAAAUGUGGUUCUGCAAGCUAUUGAAAUCAUAAGGUGUACUAUAAAGUAUACAGCAUAUUUUACAGUGAGAAUGCAUGGACAGAGGCAUUGCACUAAAAGUAAUCUGUAGUGGUUAUAAAGCUCUGGGGGGAAAAUGUUUCUAAACCUAUAUUGAUAUGAUUAUUUUGCAUUUUUAGGGUGCUUUUGUUUUUUAUUUUGCACAAUAUUGGAAAAUCUAAAGAAAAUCUUGCAUGCAGCACAGAUGUUUAUGAAAGAGUGUUUCAAUUUUAUACAUUUCCCGUGUUCUGUUUCCAUACCGUCUGCUGGUUUUGUGUGCCGGCGGCUGGAUGAUAACUGGUUUGUAUGUUCCGUGGUUUAAUAAGCUUAUCUCUUUCAUUCUCAGUGUUACCUUGGAUACGCCUGCCAACAGAGCAUCAAUGCCAGAAGCAGACUUUAGUUCCUGGACACCCUUAGACUUUAUCGCUGAGUGAGUACAUGAUAUGUUCUUAUCUGACUGAGCUCCACUGCACACUGUGUUCCUCUCACUGUGUUGUUUGCCCUUUAUUUCCAUUUCACACCAAUGUAGGAUGAUUAAUUUCUGAACCAUUACCCACCCUUUUUAUUAAUGUUCUGUGUAACUGGCAACUUUCAAUUAUUAUCCAUUAAUAAAAUACAUUGGAUGGUAAUUAUAUGUAACUUUCCUUUUUGUCUUUAAAUGAGCAGCUAUCAUGAAUGUAAACCUAAAAACAGAAUAAAAUCAAUGUGUACUUUUAUUUGAGGUUGUGUACACUGUUGGAUAGAUGCAAUACUACAUGGCAGUACAAUUUAACGGAGGACUUGGCAGAAGUGUCUGAUCGGUUCUAACGUGUAACUCUGGGCAUUAAAGCAGGAUGUAUAAUUAGUCUGUUUGGAAAAAAGCCCUCCAAUAACUAUAACCUCCUGAGCUUAUUGUAGUUGCUAUGUGUGAGGCUUUUUUUUGUUUUCAAGACGUUUGCCAGAAUUGGAGGUAGUUUCCUCCCCCCACCUUUUUGACAUCUAGUCAUAUUAUAAUUCAGCCACACAGAGUAGAUGCUGCUUUGUGCCUGAAUAACCAUCUGAUCUUUAGAAACUGCUGAAUAUUGGUUUAUGGUUGUUUCCAGAACUCCUCGAUGGCAUUUUUAUUCUAACAAUUAUUUUUACAUAACCAUUAUUUUAGCCUGUAUUUCAUUAAAUCUCACCAAUUUAAUGGUAUACUCUGAACACCAUAACAACUUUAGCUUGAUGAAACCAUUUUGAUGUAAAGAUCAUGACACUGCAGUCUCACAUUUAGGGCUGCUAUCAAACAUUUUGGGGCCACUGACACAGCUCCCCGGGGCCUCUUUCCGAGUGCACUCACAGGGCCCAUCCUUAGUCCGUCCACAAGGAUGUGGUGUAUAUGGUGAAUGUAGAAUGUGUGUAGUGCAUGUUUAAUGCGCAUCACGCACAUUAGACCUCCGCAUAGGAAAGCAUUAUUCAAUGCAUUCCUGUGGGGAUUUCGGUAAUGCUGGAGUUCCUCAGGCAGAGAGUGAUGACGUCCAGCGUUGUUUAAAACACUUUUCGUGUUCUAAGAACAUGUAAGUCCCUCUAGUGGCUGUCUGAAAGACCGCCACUAGAGGAGGACUGAUGGACAACCACUAGAGGAGGACUUAACUUUGCAAAGUAAUUAUUGCAGUUUACAAAAACUGCAAUAAUUACACUUGCAGGGUUAAGGGUGGUGGGAGUUGGCACCCAGACCACUCCAAUGCACAGAAGUGGUCUGGGUGCCUGGAGUGUCCCUUUAAUUUGUUAGUUUGCAGAUGAGUUAAUGCUGCAUUUCAUUACAUUAUUGCAGCCAGCUAAAUGUCACUAAAUAUCUCUGAUUACAAGUCAUUCCGAUAUGUUUACUAGUUUCAAAAAUUUGGUUAAAUGAACUUGAAAUAUUCAGCUCCUGUUAUUCUUUCUGAUGAAAACCUUUUAUCAUUCAUUGUACAUUUAGCUAUUCUGACAUUGAAAUUUUUUUUUUUUUUGUUUGUCCUUUGAAUAGAACGUUUUAUAAGUGGACCAAUGGAAACAACAGGCCAAAAUCUGGUAGUCUCAUCAAGGUGGUCACCGAAAAAGGAAAGUCUGAGCUAAUUCUUGCUAAUUUGUAAGAUGAAGUAAAUCUGUGAUGAAUUGAGUCUGGAUUUAGUCAGACCCCAUCUACAACCCUCACUUAUGUUGUAUGAUAUCCAUUCAAUUUACUGUCAACUUUUUGUCUAAAGUGGUUAAAUAGCUAUUUUACGGUCUAUAUGGAAUUAUUGCCAACCCAAGUAUUCAGGUAUGUGUUCUCUUAAAGUGUAUUUGUAGUUCAACCAAUGCGAAGGUUUACAUUACAUUAUUUCUGUUGUUUAAAUUGCUUAUGACCUGAAAGAGUAAUGAAACGAAAACAUGAAUUUUUGUUUUUCCUGAAAGUCAUGUUUUUAUUAAACUGUUCUCAGAUAUAAA